AAAUGAUAAUAAUAAAAAUCAAUCAAAAUUUCAAUUAGUUUAAGCCCUAAUUUGAUUUAACCAAAUGCUGAUCCUCUAAUAACAACUGUAUUGCUAACCAUUUUUUCUACCGUGAAGUGAUUAUUAUAUAAUUAGCAGUACUAAUGUAACCUUCUCCAUAGUCAUGAUGAUUAAUUUAAUCAACCACUCAUUUACAAUGAGGGGAAAUAACUCCCUUAUCACUAAUUUACUAAUAAUUAAUAAGAAAAAAAGAAUGAUUGGUACGUUACACCCAUAUAGGCAAAUGGCCAUAUGUGCCAGAGCAAUAGUUAAAAGAAAAAAUACAUGUAAUUUCUUUUGCCCUUAAUUAAGAUUUUGGAAAAAAAAAAGUGUAAUUAUUAAACUAGAUGAGUGGAGUGGAGGGUUUGAGAGAGAUAUAAUCAUUGUGACUUGUGAAGGAUUAUGUUUCUUGAGGAAGUAGAGAAAGGAGUGCUGCUUCUGAGUUUUGAGUGCCUUAACAAAAGGUGAAAGAUAAAAAGAACAAUUGAUUUACACCCAAUGAAGACUGAAGCUUCUGAAUUGGUAGAGACUCACAUCUGGCUUCCAUGCAAGGAUUACACUACUCAAACUCCUCCAGAUAGUACACUUUUAAGAUUAAAAUAUUGGGAAAAUAAUAAUCACACCCUCUCUCUCUCUCUAUAUCUCAAAUUAUAAUUUUCAAUCUCUGUAGAACAGGAUAGUAAAUAGUAAUGAGUAGUGAGUAAUCUCUUGCAUUGUAACUCUCACAAGCACACACUGUAACCCAUAAAUGAGAAUUAUUCAUGCAUGGCCAGUUAUAUCAUGCGACGGCGCACAGUCUCCCACAAAUUAAAUACUAAAUGUCAUCCUUAGAUUCAUUUAAGAUUCUCAAGUAACUGUGAAUGUCUGCGCGCUUAUAUAUACUCCUCUGCGACUCAUCUUCUUCCUUAUCUCCUUUAAUGCCUCUGCAACAUUUGCCAACGCAAGCAGCUCUUCUCGUUCCAGAAAACCAUAAAUUUUCUCCAUUAUUCUUUCUUUCGCUCCGUGGAAAGAUGGCAAGCCGAACAGGAACUUUUGGGUAUGAAAUGGCUGAACAGGAAACCUUGUUGAACCAACUACCUUCAAUAGAUUUUAUCAGUGGACGGGUGUUUUCCAUGGCGGAUUGGCAUAACGAAGUGGCUAUGCAUGAGAACUUUCUUGAUGCUUGUCCUUCAAUGGAGAGCUUCAGUCCUGAUCCUUUAUAUGCUUCGUUGGAUAUCGAACAAAGCUCCAUUCAAGAAGGUGUCAAUGGUUUUGGUGUAGUGUGGAGUGAGUUGGGCUCUUUAUUAGAGCCGCAGAAGCAGGUUCUUCUUUUAUGCGAUGGUACUAAAGAUUCAUCGAGCAUGAGAGGAUCAAGCGAAGAGAAGAAGGUAAAAAAGCACAGAGAACCAAAGAUUAAUAACAGCACUUCGAAAUCUUUAUCAAGGCAAACAAUAUCCAAAUAUUUCUACAUGCCCAUAACCCAAGCGGCCAAGGAGCUCAACAUGGGAUUGACCCUUCUGAAAAAGAGAUGCAGGGAGUUGGGGAUACGAAGGUGGCCUCAUAGAAAGCUGAUGAGCCUGCAAACCCUGAUAAAAAAUGUACAGGAAAUGAAGAAGGUGGAAGGGAAAGAGAGUGAGGAGAAGCUAAGAGAAGCAAUUGAAAUCCUGGAGAGUGAAAGGAAGAUGCUGGAAGAGAUUCCAGACUUGCAGCUGGAGCACAAAACAAAAAGGCUGAGACAAGCCUGCUUUAAGUCAAAUUACAAGAAGAGAAAGCUCAUGGCAAUGAUGAGUAGACCAUCUUCUUCCAGUGGCGCCAUUGAUUAUUAUGGGCAGAUAAAUGAAGAUGAGGAUGAGGAGAUCAAGUCUCUCUUGGCAGAUCCAGUGUGUCACCCCACUAUGAUGUUCUGAACUCUAGUUUGCAUCAAUCAGUUGCUUGCUUCUUGUUUCCCUUAAUAUUUAUAUGUAGAUAUUUUCUUUAUAUAUGUAUAUCUGAUAGUCCUUUCGUUUUA